CAGUCCAACAUCUGCAGUGACGAGGUGAGCAGCGGGUCUCAGUCAGUGUCAUGGAGCUACUUCGCUUGUGAUGGCUGUGCAGUUUUUGGACUCUGUCGGUCUUUUCCACACGGAAGAUCCUUUACGCGCGCAUUAAGUUUCUCCAGGUUGACUGCUCGAUUAUUUAAAUUAUUAUUUGACUUUUUAUUUAUUGAUUUUUUUUCCCCCUCGCGCGUGGGUGAUAACAUGUACCCAUGACUAAGUUUUUGUGUAGUUUUUAUAACUACCGUUUAAUCUAAGAAGAGAGAACAUGGACAGUGUAAUUUUUUCAUUUUUCCUGAUAUUUAUUAAAGAGGUUCACACGUCCCGUUAUAACAUUGCCAACAAUCUCCAGCCCUACAUGCCCAAUGUGUGCUUGGAGAGGGAGGUGACGUUGGUAGCCCAGAGGCAGCCGUGUGUGCAGGCCUUCACACGCAUGGUUAAAGUGUGGAAGCAAGGCUGUGUCGGGCAGAGAUGGUGCAUGGGAUAUGAGAGGAGGACGGCGUACUAUACAGCAUACAGGCAGGUGUACAGACAGGAUUAUCAGACUGUCUACAAGUGUUGCUCUGGAUGGUCUCAGCUAAAUGGAGAAGCUGGUUGUCUGUAUCCGGUGUGCAGCUAUGGCGUGUGCUUCAAUGGGGGCCACUGUCGGGAGGGAUCUUCACAACUUUGUGACUGUCCUGCAGGGUUUAAUGGGCCCAGCUGCCAGUAUGAUGUGAAUGAAUGUGAGGAGACCAAUGGAGGCUGUGAAGCUUUGUGCUGUAACACCAUUGGGAGCUUCUACUGCAGGUGUCCCCCUGGACAGAAACUAAAUGAAGAUGGCAAAACAUGUCAAGAUAUUGAUGAAUGCCAGGUCCAUAACGGAGGCUGCCAGCACAGAUGUGUUAACACUAGAGGCUCCUACUACUGUGAAUGCUACCCGGGCUCUCGACUUCACGUGGACGGCCGCACCUGCCUCGCUGUCCAUUCGUGUGCCAUCAGCAACGGUGGGUGUGAACACUAUUGUGUGCAACAGUCUGCUGCUCAUUUUCGGUGCCGCUGCAAGCCAAAUUACAUUCUGGCAGAGGAUGGCAAGCACUGCAAACUGCACGAUCCCUGUGCGGAUCUGAAUGGAGGCUGUAUGCAUGAGUGUCGGCCUGAUGGUGGCAGGGCUCACUGUGAGUGUAAAGUUGGCUACAUCCUGGCUGAAGAUGGGAAAACCUGUGAAGAUAUUGAUGAGUGUGAGACAGAAGAAGCCAACUGUGCCCACGGCUGCCACAACACACUGGGCUCAUAUGCCUGUGUUUGUAACAGUGCCUAUGAACUGGGAUCUGAUGGAAAACAGUGUUACAGGAUCGAGAUGGAGAUCGUGAACAGCUGCGAAAACAACAAUGGUGGAUGUUCGCAUCACUGCCAGCAUUCAACCAGCGGGCCCGUCUGCAGCUGUAACCAUGGCUACAGGCUAGAUGAUGACCUUAAAAACUGUGUUGAUGUUGAUGAAUGUGGAGAGCAGAGCUCAUGUUGUGAGCAGGACUGCACCAACUACCCCGGGGGUUAUGAAUGCUACUGUUCAGCAGGAUACAGACUCAACUCUGACGGGUGUAGCUGUGAUGAUGUAGACGAGUGUCUGGCUGCUAAUGGUGGUUGUGAUCACACAUGCCAGAACAGCGCCGGUUCCUUCCAGUGUUUCUGCCGUCGGGGUUUCCGUCUGGACGAGGACCGGCAAACCUGCAUCCCGCUUGAAGAUGCGAUCGAGGCCCUCUCCAGCGGAGGUGCCAUCGAGCUGCCUCUCGUUCGGCCCCAGCUCACCUUGCUGCAGGACUACAGCCAACCCCUGGAGCGCUAUGACGACUACGAAGAUGACGAGGGGGAGCUGAGGGCUGAGAGUAACCUGGCAGAGAAAUUUGUGUGUUUGGAUGACACCUUCGGCCACGACUGCAGUUUGACAUGUGACGACUGUUCUAAUGGAGGAAAAUGUAAUCUGUGGAAAAAUGGCUGUGAUUGCCCCGAUGGGUGGACAGGCAUCAUCUGCAACCAGACUUGCCCUGAGGGAUAUUUUGGUAAAAACUGCUCCUUCUCCUGUAAAUGUAAAAACGGGGCCAGUUGUGAUCCUGUCAGUGGAACCUGCCGCUGUCCUCCUGGUGUCAGUGGGGAUUUGUGCCAAGAUGGCUGUCCUAAAGGUCUCUAUGGGAAGCAGUGCAACAAAAAGUGUAACUGUGCCAACAACGGACGCUGCCAUCGAACCUACGGAGCCUGUCUGUGUGAUCCUGGACUUUAUGGACGCUUCUGUCACCUGCCAUGUCCUAAGUGGACGUUUGGAGCCGGCUGCUCAGAGGAGUGUCAGUGUGACCAGAAAAACACUUUGUCAUGUCAUCGACGCCAUGGCACGUGCGUUUGUAAACCUGGUUACCAGGGAAACACCUGCAAAGAAGAGUGCACACCAGGGACGUAUGGAUCUGGCUGUGAGAAGAAGUGUGUCUGUCCACCGGGAGUGUCAUGUGAUCACGUGACUGGAGAUUGCCAGAGAAAAUGCCCUCCUGGUCGACACGGGGAGGACUGUGAUCAAGACUGUCCAGAGGGAAGGUUUGGCAUCGGCUGCAUCCAUCCUUGUAACUGUACCAGUGCCCCAUGUGACAAAGUGACAGGACAGUGCCAGUGUCCAGCCGGAACAUCAGGAAAGCACUGUGAGAACUUGUGUCUGGAGGGUUUCUGGGGUCCAGGCUGUGCAGAAACCUGCCCACCUUGUGAGAACGGCGGCGUGUGUGAUAAACACAAUGGGUCGUGUAGCUGUCCUCCAGGACUGAUGGGAAGACUCUGCCAAAACUCUUGCCCGAGUGGACGUUUUGGACAAGGAUGCCAAAUGAAAUGUGUAUGCGAGAACAACGCUCGCUGUGACCCAGUGAGUGGGCGGUGUACCUGCGCUCCUGGCUGGACUGGACACAACUGCAGGAAAGCUUGUGAUGCAGGACACUGGGGAGCUGACUGUGCAGAAGCAUGUGACUGCAGAAACGGAGACGGCAGCUGUGACGCUGUAACCGGCCAGUGCAACUGUGAAGCUGGUUUCACUGGAGCACACUGCCAUCAGAAGUGCCAAGCAGGUAUGUUUGGUCUCGGUUGUCGUCAUCGGUGCCAGUGUGACAACAAGGCGUUGUGUGACCACGUGAGUGGAGCUUGUACCUGCCAGGUCGGAUGGACGGGGACCUUUUGCGAGAAACCGUGUCCUCAGGGUUUCUAUGGCUUGGACUGUCAGGAGAAGUGUUUGUGUCUGAACGGUGGGAGCUGUGAUCACAUCAGCGGCGUUUGUUCCUGUCCUGCCGGCUGGAUCGGCCCGCACUGCAACCUCACGUGCCCAGCUGCGUUCUAUGGGGAAGAUUGUAACCAAAGCUGUAGCUGCCGUAACGAUGGCAUCUGCCACCCGGCCAAUGGGCAGUGUGUGUGCACGCCAGGCUGGACCGGACCCAACUGCACAGAGGAAUGCCCUUCAGGAUUUUACGGAGCAGACUGUCGCCAGCGCUGCCUGUGCCAGAACGGAGCCACCUGUAACCAGACCAACGGAAAAUGCACAUGUGCCAGCGGAUGGACGGGAACUGCCUGUGAACUGGAGUGUGUCGCCGGCCGAUUCGGGGCAGACUGCCAGCAGCAGUGUGAAUGUGAGAACGGCGGCCGUUGCGACAGACAGACCGGACAUUGCAGCUGCAGCGCCGGCUGGACUGGGGAGUUCUGUGAGAAAGCGUGUGAAGCAGGCCUGUUUGGUGAAGGCUGUGCAGAGCGAUGUCAGUGUGUGCACGGGGCCUCGUGUCACCAUGUCACUGGAGAGUGCCAGUGUCUGCCGGGAUGGAGAGGAAAACUCUGUGACAAAGCAUGUUUGCCUGGUACAUAUGGAAAGGGUUGCAUCCAGCGCUGCAGCUGUGCACAGGGCACAUCCUGCCAUCAUGUCUCCGGAGAGUGCGGCUGUCCUCCUGGGUUCACUGGCAACGGCUGUGAACAGACUUGUCUCCCAGGAACAUUUGGGCAAAACUGUAAUCAGGUGUGCCAGUGCUCAGAGACGAACCAGCUCUGCCACCCGGUGUCUGGAUCUUGCUACUGCGCCCCAGGCUUCCACGGCCCCAGAUGUGACAAAAUCUGUGAGGACGGUCACUAUGGUCCAAACUGUGAAAGAGAGUGUCAGUGUGAAAAUGGAGGGAAGUGUAUUCCUUCUACUGGAGCCUGUGAAUGUCCAGGAGGAUUUAUAGGAGCACGCUGCAACAUCACGUGUCCUGCUGGACGCUACGGCGUCGACUGCGUCCAGGUGUCUCUGUGUGGAGACGGAGCCCAGAAUGACCCGGUCACCGGUCGGUGUGUGUGCAAGGCUGGACGCAGAGGAGAGGACUGUGGAAACGGCUGCCCUCCAGGCUGGUUCGGGGCAGACUGUGCCCAGCGCUGUAACUGCAGUAAUGGAGGCGUGUGUGAUUCUGUGACUGGCAACUGUACCUGUGGCCUGGGCUGGACCGGUACACACUGCAACAGAGAAUGUCCUGCGGGCAAAUUUGGUGCCAACUGCCAGCUGAAAUGUAACUGUCAAAAUAACGGCACUUGUGACAGAGUGAUGGGGACGUGUCAGUGCGGUCCAGGCUACUACGGACACAUGUGCGAACAUGCCUGCCCUCCUGGUUUCCACGGCCCACUGUGUCAGCUGCAGUGUGACUGCAUGAACGGGGCCUCCUGUCACCCUGUGUCAGGCCAGUGUGUCUGUCCUCCAGGACACCACGGAGCGCGCUGCCACAGAGUGUGUGAACAGGGUCGAUACGGUCAAGGCUGUGCCAAGGUGUGCGACUGUGAAGACGACGCUCCAUGUGAUCCUGUGACGGGACGAUGUCUCUGCUCCUCAGGGAAGACCGGACCCAGAUGUGACACCGACUGCAGAGCAAACCGUUACGGACCGGACUGCUCUGAGACCUGCGAGUGUGAGAACGGUGCUCAGUGCGACCCUCGCAAUGGCCGCUGCAGCUGCCUGCACAGCUGGAUCGGACUCUCCUGUCAGGAAGGUGGACCACCGCACCUCACCUACGGAAGCAGCAGAGGAGACGCACAACACAGCAACUCAUUAUAGCAGCACCACCAGACUGGAACACUUCAGGUGGGGCACAGGUUUUUACUCAAGUGAGUGAAAGCUUAUGAGAAGAAGCUUGAAGAUUAUUGGAAAUAGACUCUCCGAUGAGAACUGCAAUUCCAUAUUUGAGCCUGGGCUGGAUGAUAGAAUUCCUUUUUUUGUGCCAAAAUCUGCCACCGGCAGAUGCUGAUUCUCAAAGUGGAACAUGAAACUUUAAUCUUCAGGAUAAGAGUUUCUCCUCAAAAACUCCAUCCAGAUGCAGCAUCAGGAGAUCGACUGCACGUUUAGUCACCUGUGUUUAAUAUUUCUGUGCUCACAAACAUGCAGGUACUGUACAUAAAAUAAGAGACCGGUGAUAAUGCUGAAUAUGUUAUAUCAACCUGUGACUGGUUCUCCUUUACUAUGAAGUUGUUAUUCGGUAUACUCAGUAUGAAGAAUGGCCCUCAGUCCAAUGGUGCUUUACUGCUCAGUGCAUCAAAGAUUAGCACAUUCCUCAAUACGCCUUAAUGGGCAGCUGGAAUUUUACAGUUCAGCCGUCUAAAUGUUUUCUUUUGACAUGAGUUUUUUAUUGUAUAAAUUGCUUCAUAUUUAUAUUUUGCACGGUUGUAUACAUUUAAAUAAACAGUAUCUUUGUUUUUUUUUACUGGGUAAAAGAGACUUUACAGUUCUGACACAUCCAGCAAACAGCACAAAUAAAGACCCAGAGCAUAGCCGAACAAAUGAAUAAAAAACAGACGCAAACAGGUUUUGUUUUCCAUUCUUAUUUUUAUCAUGAUUUCAUUUUUCAUUGAAGAUUGAAGCUGUACAUCCUGUCUAAAUUUCAGAUUCAAGCACAGUGCAGAUAGCAACGCCUGCAAAAGAAAAAGAAACUGAAAAGAGAAAAGGCAGAGGUGAUCACAACCAGAAAUAUAUACAUCUACAAAGGUCAGAGUAUGUACAGGGGACACCGGGCUCUCACUACGUCGUCUUCAGAGUGAAUUCAGUACACUGCUGCAUCCAAACACUCAUGAUGCAUACACAACACAAAAGAUUGCUUCUGUUUGUCAGUCUUGAAAUCAACACAAUACUGAUAGGAAGAAAUGCAGCAAGAUGAAAAAAAAAUAAAUAAUGGUCUUUUAAUUCUCUCUACUGCAUUAAAGGCUAAAACAUAAAAAAUAUACUCUCUGUAUAACCUAGAACCGUCUGUAAAGCUCUAUCAAUCUGCGGGUCCGUUUCAUUUCUGAGCUCGUCAUUAAAAUGUAUGGACAGCAAAUGUGAUGAAACCAGAACCUCUUAAAGCAUUAAUACACUCCUACACAGAUGAGGGCAUCACGCAACGUUGUGUUAUUUCUACUGUCAGCACGAUGAGAAAUAACACUGAUGCUCAAACGAAAUGCACAGCGAUACAAUUCACAGGAAGAGUUCAUCAGUUCAGGGGGCUCACUGGAGCCAAGAGUUAAACGAGAAGACUGACACCACUCUCACAUCUGUCUGCUGAACCCAGCCAACAGCUGGCUACGUUAGCUUAGCAACAAGACUGGAAACGGGGAACUAUGGCGGUUUUAAGGAAACACAAUCAGCACCUUAAUGAGGGCGACAUUUACCCAAAUGUCAUUUGUAAAAACGCCAUAGAUACAAAACAAAUAAAGAUCACAACAAAGUCACAUAAACUGUUGCAAAAAAUGGUAGCGUCCUUUAAUUUAAAGGACCAUCAUUUGGGAUUCAGUGCCAUCUAGUGUAAUGGAUGCAAACUGCAACCAAAUGAAUACUACUGUAGAAAUAUAGUGGCACAAUGUACGGUGGAGCUCAAUCUAAACAACUCCACUUCUGCCAAUACAUCCCUAUGAAUUCAUCACACCAGGAACCUGCUCUUUAUCUGGAAAGCCUCAGCAUGUCCACAACACAACUAUUAAAGCUCAGUGAAUGCUUCGGCAUGCCAGAACUGUUCAGGGAAGGUUGAAGUCGAGUCAAGCACAGCUAAUAAAAGACUGGUUAGGGUUGGAAAUACUUUAGGUCUAUUUCCUGGCUGGGACCAGUGACUUCCUGGAGUCUCUUCUGUUUUUUCCUGUAUGGAUUUAACAAUCUACAUGGGGGUUAGGGUUAGGAUUAGUGAGCUUCAAAGAUGCUGGCAGGUGGAUAAUGUUUCCUCAGGGUAAGGCCAGAUGAACUGCUUCCCCUUGUUUCUUUUUGCUUGGCCAAUUUAUUGAUUAUAGACGUGAGUGUGGUGUCAGGCUUAUUACUCAACUUUCAGCCAAUAAGUUUAUUUCCCCAAACGUUGGACUUUUCCUUUACGUCUCAGACUUAUUUUCUGCUCCCUACAGAUGAAAAUAUUAAGACACGAAAACUCCACAGACUAAUAAACUAAACGUUCUUUUUGUUCUUCUGAGAAAACGGCAUCGGCUCGUGACGGUUUUAUUUACUCAGACAUACAAGACACAGCAAACCAAACCUAUACAGGGGUCAACUAAUAGGACAGGUUAAAGUGUGGCCCCCGUCCCCACACUGACUAAAACUAAAACUCACCUAGUAGUACUGAAGCAGACUGUAAAAGUUCUCCACACAAACCCCACGCAGCGAUGUUCACUAUGAUUAUCCUCUCCAGCUGAGAAGCUCUCAUUCACGUCAUUCACACGGAUACAGUUUCCUAAUCUGCUCUUGUUUUUUAUCUGCUAAGAAUCAACAGUUUAUCAGCUGUUAGUAAAGAUUACUUAUCUACAUGUGUUAGUUAAGCUGAGAAGCGCCCCCUAGCUUAUCCCGCAGGUACUGUAGGCUGGGUGAAGAGGGUCCAUGCGUAGAGGAUGUGUCACAUGCUAAUCCACUUGUGCUUUAAUCACAGUAAAAGAGCACCCGAAGGACAAAGAAUGAUAAAGGACGGCUGCAGUAAUACUUGUGACAUGUCUCCGUUCGCCUGCCGCCUCAAACUAACCUUACCAAUCCUAAAGCACUUAGCUGCACUAUGCAUUCUGUAUAUGAAGGACAUAUUUGUUUACUAGUAUAACAGCUUGUUCAAGUAAAGAUAUAUAUGGAGCCAAGUCCAUACCGUAGAUAGAUAACAAGCUGGACAGCACAUGCGUCGGCGUGAUUUCUAUAAUCUUGCAGGACGUGGGAUUGAAACGCUGGGGUGUGUGUGUGUGUGUGUGUGUGUCUAAAAGAGAUGAAGAAGAAGAAGAUCUUUGGCUCGAGCCACGCUAAAAACGUCACUGGUCCUCCCCAGUGUCCACGCACGAAAGAAAGACAGACGACUAAAUACGACUUCCCGACCAUGUGCAAGCAAACACGCGACUGAAACCACCUGCUCCGUUCCCUGAGCUGCUGCCACUCACUGAUCGACUGGACACACGACUCCGUCCUCACAGUUGGGGAGCAACGAACACAACCUUCCGCCAGUCGGCGUUUCCGUUCACUCUGGGGACGUGUGACCAGUCGGCCGAAGAGGCAGCUGUCGAGCUGCUCGUCUACACCAAAGCCCCAAGCACAGUUUGAUGCAACUGUAAAUAAGGCAAACUAGUAGAACAGAAUUUGAUGAAGGGGAGAUGGGGAGCCAGCACUGAUACGGGCGCUCCUACAGCGGCUGGGGAACACAGUGAAGCAGAGCGCUGCAUUUGAUUCAACGCCACUGCUGGGGACAAAUAGACUGCUCAUCUCUUCAGUGGCAGACAAGUUGCCCAGACACAUCAGCCCAAGCUCCUAAGCUCCGGUUCAGUGGUCGGAGCCUCACUCACCCCCCCCCAACCCCCCCUCAUCCUCUCAGUCCAGUUGAAUUCAGGACUCGAGCUUUGAAGCUGGAGCAUCGGAGCGUUAGGCUGGACAAUCACACUGCCAGUGAAGACACAGAGGGAGGAUGAAGAGAGGGAAUCAUCGGGAGGCGAUGUGAUUCUAGUGCAAUGGCUGUGAGAUAAGACUAUUAUAAUACCCAUUCUCUCCCCUCCAACAGCUUUACUGACAGUACUAAAGUGCUGAUUGUUAAAGCCCACGACGAGGCUCUGGUAACGUUGACAACACAAACUCUUCUUUCAGAGAAACCUUGACGGACUUGUACAGUACAAAGGUGUUUGUAAACAGAACAUCCAGGGAACAAAAGCAUGGCUAUGGUACAUGUGCAACAGUAGCUCUCUGAUAUUCAUACAGUAUGAACUUCAUCUUCCUUUUAGUUGCAUUCGUUUUUAGAAAAAAAGAGCAAAAAAAAAAAAAAGA